CUCCACGGUGCCCGGGGAAUUUCUGCCCGCUAACGCUUGGGGUUCUAUCACAACUAUCGGAGACGACAAUUGAGGGAUGGGCGUCUUUUGCAGCACUCGAUAAACGAAAAUUUCACCGUCCAACAUGGCCUCGUCCCUCUCCGCGCAGCUGUCGCAGAUUGCGGCAAAGUCGACCAACCAGUUGAACCUCAAGGCCCAGCGCAUAGCGCACUCGCAGUCCCUCAUCUUUGACUGGAAGGUCGCCACUACUCAGGAUUUCGACACCGUCUACCAAAUAUGCUUCGAAGGGUUCCAGGAGUUAUGUCAGCUGGAUCCCCGUUUCGCGCCGUUCGAGCGCACGAUCUUCAGCGAACAGAGCAAGACGGAGGACCGUACGGAGAUGAGUGCUGCUCAGAACAAGGAGCUAAGCACCGUGCUGGAAGCUUUCCUUGCGCUGGUUGGAGGUCACUUGCUGUUGAGUCCGGCCGCGACGGCUGUUGACUGGCUUAUUAGGCGUUUCCGAGUGCACGAAUACAACACCGAGUUUACAAUCCUCACAUUCCUGCCUUACUAUACCACCCCUCUUUUCCUGAACUUGCUCUCAAUACUGCCCGAAGACUUGACACCAACCUUCAAAAUCUUGAACCCGUACAAGAAGAGCCAAACCAACCCUCCCCGCCAUCCCCUUGUUCACAGUGCUACGACCAACAAGCACUUCUUAGCAGCCGUCAACAGAUACACCCUUCAAGUCAGCAAGCAGCGGGCACACCAUCAUGCGCUUCUGUCGUUUUGGGCGGGUAUUCUAACGGAGGCAGUUGCUGGCAUGCUGGACUCAGCACGCUCGGGCCGACGCGAUCUUGAGAAAGAAAAGCACGAGGAUGUCAUCAUGAAGGUUCUUCCGGUCUUGAACGACGGCUUGGGUAUGAAGGAUGUCUCUGAGCUGGUGAUUGGUUGCUACAUGGUCUGCGUGGUUCUUGCACAGAAGGCUUCUCUUCAGGACAAGCUUCUCGAUGGAUUGAUGGAGGCCGUUGCCGGAUCUUGGACAGAAGAAACCAUGGAAUCUGGUCUCAUCUGCUUGUCUGUCCUGGCUCAGCAGAAGCCGGACACAAGGAUCCCCAAGCGGGCCUUCAAGGCAGUGCUGCGCUUGGAAGAACCCGUGAAGCAGUUGUCGGCAAUUUCAGCACAGUACCCGACAUCUCAUUUACUCCUUGGCUUGGUAUCCGGAUGUGUCGAUGAUCUCUCAAAGCAGAAAGAUUCCGCGCGCUUGGAUCUGCUGUCCCUGAUGUUCGAGACCAACCUCUUGGGCGAGCCAGAAGCCGCCAAGGCUAUGGCCACAAUCCUUCACGCUAUCAGUCAUGCUCACAGAGAGGGUGUGCUCUCUUUGGACGCCCAGACGCACCUUGCAGAACUCGUUCAGCACUUCAGCCAGUCCGAGUCUCUCCGAGCCAUCUUCCAGAAAACGAUCGAGGAAUCGUCCAUCGACGUCGCGGCACUCGAACAUAACCUGCAAACUGUGAUUGAAUCUGUGCCCACCACUCAUGUCAUCGAGGAUGUCGAAAUGGAGGAUGCACAACAAGAAGCAGUCGACGAUGGUUUCGCCUCGGCUCUUGAGUCGGUGGCCGGAAAGAAAUUGGACACUUCGGCCCUCAGUGCGCAAUCAAUCCCUGCUUUCGAGAGCCUCGUCCAGGCCUUUGCCCUUGCUGUUGGUUCUCAGGAGAAGUUGGAGGCUUUUGUCGAAUUGCCAACCCUCGGAAAGAGCGAUGCUUUGAAGUCCGCACAGUAUCUGUCGUUCUUUAUCCGGACUUUCUCCGGAUCAUACCCCAUUGGCACCAGGGCAACUGCGCUCAGCACCAUCUCCUCGCUCCUCACUUCCGUAUCCCCCGAUGUCGAUCUUCAGGCUCUUCUGCCUUUCCUGCUGGUAGCUCUAGCGGACUCCUCGGAGAGAAUUCGGCGCGAGGCAGCAGGCGUGCUGGCCAUCAUUGGAGGGUUGUAUAAGAAGAGCAAGAAGAGCGAGGCUAGCGUUUGGGCUCGCGACACGAUCUACGGCAAACAUUCGAAGAACGUUCAAUGGCUUGCCGGUCGUGAUGCGCAAAAGAUUCUCGAGCGCGCGUUGCUGCCAGGCCUGGAGGAGUAUGUCCUUGACCAGGCUCACAUUGGUCGAGUCCUCGAAGCUACAUUGCGAGGAUCUUCAGCCCCCGAUUCGGGUGCGGCUGAGUUGAAGAAGCCACUUCGCUUGAGCUUCUUCACCUUCCUCUGCUCGCAUGCUGUCCAACUGCCCCUUUACGCGCCGAAGUUGUCUCUGCUCAAGCUUCUCAACCGUGUUGAUCGGGCUGGUGGGACAACUCGCACGAAGGAGCUUGGACCAUUCUUGAAGACGUGGCGGGAUAUGAAAGACCAAGAGGCCAAGGAUACCUGUGAGCGGGAGCGUGUCUCUGUGGCAGAAGUGGAUCAGCAGGCGGUUAUGACGGUCACGCCCAAGGACAAGGAUGCUCUCACAUUGCUUCUUUCCUAUGUGAGCCCGUAUUCUCCGUCUUUGAGACCCUCUUUCGUUGCAGCUAUCUUCAACCGUAUGAAGGCUGUUUGGGCCACCGUUGCGGAGGAGCUACAGGUCGAUGCUUCAGAAAAGCUCUUCGAGAUCUCUCUCGAGGAGACCGAGUCACCGCUGAUUCAUGGGUGCAGGGACAUUCUUCGCAGCGUUGAGCUUACCGGCUCGGUGCUUCUUCAAUUCCUUCACAAGAUCCCUGUCUCUAUCACGGACAUGGAGUCCCUCGGACCAGCGCCGAAGAGGAGACGCACUAGCCAGACUAAUAUGGUUGCCAUGACCAUCAAGGAUGAGGCUAAACUCAGCAAGCUCAUGGAGAAGAUGACGUUCAUCUUGGAGCUGGUAGACAGCUCAACUCCGGAGGCUCAUCCUGAGUUGGCUGAUGGUCUUUUCCAGACCCUGGCUGCACUCCAUCAUUUCAAGUCCCAGAUCCAAUCCGGAUUGAGCUACCUCCUGAGCUUGACGCUUGGCAGUCUCCUUGCCAUUGUCAACCGCUCCAAGGGAACCGCAAAGGCACAAUUUGAUACCUCAGUUAUUCGGGCUGACCUGGUCGUGGAUUGCGUCCGCACCACCGAUAGCCCACAGGUGCAGAAUGCAGCUCUUCUUCUGGUGGCGGGCUUGUCUGUCAUUGCUCCUGAGUUGGUCCUCCACAGUGUGAUGCCCAUCUUUACUUUCAUGGGCUCUAGCGUUCUGCGCAAGGACGAUGAAUACUCGGUCUCCGUGAUUGACCAAACGAUUGAUCAGGUCGUGCCAGCUCUCAUCCAGUCAUUGCGUAAUCAAAAGCGUGAUGUGGUGUCAGGCACCUCCGAGUUGUUGCUUAGCUUCACGGCUGCCUUUGAGCACAUUCCCUCCCAUCGCCGCCUGCGCUUGUUCCAUGCUCUGGUCACCAAGCUGGGAACUCAGGACUUCUUGUUCGCUGUUCUGGCCAUGCUUGCCAAUCGGUAUGCCAUGGAUAAGGAUGUUCUUAUUCUGAUGACAGGAUUGGUUUCCGAUGCUAGUGCACCGGUUGAACUUAACACAUACAGCAAGUUCUUGGACUUGGUCAACGAUUCGCUCAAGUCCAAGCCCGGUAUCUCGCAGGUUCUGCUUGGAAUCGGAAGCGAUGAUGGUCGCGAGCCUCAGAAGGUUGCAGUCGACUUGCUCCGGACACUGGCUCAUCUGUUCAAGCACUCGUCGCUCAAGGUCAAGAUGACCAAGGACUUCGCAACGGAGGGAGACGAGGUCGUCGGACAAAUCCGCACGCUCUUCUCUCGGAUCUUGGAACAGGUCCUGGCCAUUGGUGAAUCCAUGCAGAACGUGAAGCCCGUCAGCCAGGCCAGCGGUGACGUCCUUAGCGCACUGUUUGGUACUCUGUCGCUUGUGGACUUCCUCGACACUAUCGAGGUACUGCUUCAGCGCCGCAACGACGAACUGCGGCGCAAGGUUCUCCGACUGUUGGAAGGCCGUCUGCGUCAGAACCCCGAACGCGACGGUGCCUCGCAACACCGCAUGCUCGACUUCCUGCCUACCUUGGUCAACAUCGUCGAGUCUUCGCCGGAUAUCCUGCUCAAGCACGCCGCGGUUGCCUGCAUCGAUCGCAUCGCCGAGAAGUAUGGCAAGAAGGAGCCCUCCAAAGUUGUCCAUGCUGCCCAGGUGGUUGCUAGCGAUGCCUGCAUUGGACAGGACGAUGAGCGUAUUCGCAUCAUGGGUGUCUUGUGCCUUGCUUCUAUGGCCGAGGUUCUCGGUGAGGCGAUGAUUCCUGCGCUGCCGAAUGCCCUCAGCCGUUCAUUGGCAUUGCUUGAACAGAGUCUGGAAGAGGGUAAGGAAAACGCUCGUCUCCACGAUGCCGUUUUCUCCUUCUUCUCCGCUCUUUUCAUCCACCUUCCAUACAUGAUCUCUGCGUCUCACCUGGACAAGGUCCUCGUUCUCUCUUACAAGUCUGCUAUCUCAGAAGGUGUCGAGGAUGAAAGCCGAGAAGAGGCACUCCAACUCAUGGCACGCAAGGUUGAUGUGGCUGCAACAUAUGCCGCGGUCGAUCGCAACUGGCAGCAUGCUGUUAAGGCUGGCCCCGAUGCCACGAGGGAGACUCUGGGAGUCAUGAGCCUCGCUAUCGAGAAGCACCCGAAGUCCGCAACCGUCAACAACCUCGCCGUCCUCACGAGUAUUCUGUUCAAGGCCUUCGACCUGCGCAGAGAACAGGUCUCGCUGGACUCCAAGGCUACAUUUGACUUGUCUGAUGUGGAUGAGAUCGAAGAUAUCAUUAAUGAGGUCACGAUUAAGAUGGUGUACAAGCUCAACGACACCACCUUCCGCCCUAUUUUCACGAAGCUCCUGGAAUGGGCGACUUCUGGUGUUCCGAAGAAGGAUGCCCGAGGCAGCCUGGCACGCCUUACUACCUUCUACAGGUUCCUCCAGGUCUUCUUUGGUACUCUCCAGUCCAUCGUCACCGGUUACUCAAGCUACAUCAUCGAAAAUGUGGUUUCCGUCCUGGGCAAGGCCAACCCAUCGAACCAGGAUACCAAGAGUCUAUGGUUGGCCACGAUGCGCAUGCUCAAGAAUGCCUUUGAGCAUGACCAAGACGAAUUCUGGCAAUCCCCCUCUCACCUCACGGUAAUCGCCCAACCUUUGAUCUCCCAACUCGCCCACGCCAAGAACUCGUCAACAGCAUCCAUUGUUAUUGCCGAGGCCGUCCCCGCUCUCACGGAACUGGCAGUUGCAGCCGAUUCCACCGACAACCACAAGGAACUCAAUACCGUGCUGAUGCGCCUUCUUCGGCCAUCUGCCGGACCCAGUGGCAAGACUGCCGGAGGCGAGAACCCGCACACACGCCUUGCUGCGCUCAAGGCUCAGCAGUCUCUCACGGAGCAACUUGGUGAGGAAUGGCUUGCUCUGCUACCAGAGAUGCUGCCUUACAUCAGUGAGCUGAUGGAAGACGAGGACGAGAACGUGGAAAGAGAAGUCCGCAAGUGGGUGAAGCAGAUUGAGGGUGUUUUGGGCGAAAGACUAGAUGACAUGUUGACUUGAGCCUGAGCUUGACACGUUUGGAUGCCUGGCGUAUGUUGGUGCUUGUAAAUAAAAAGUUACAGGAUCGAUUUCGAGUGAUCAUAUACCUGUUAUUAGACUAUUCAACGAAGCAUACUAUUUUGGAC